AUGGCAACAGAUAUAUUAGCCAUGCCUGUGUCUUCAGUGGCCUCUGAAUCAGCUUUUAGCACCGGGAAGCGCGUGCUGACUCCAUGGAGAGCUUCUUUGUCUACAAGGACAGUUGAAGCAUUGCUCUGUACGCAAAGCUUUCUUCAAAAGCCCAUUGCUCUUGAUAUUCUAUGUGACUAUAUACCUGAUGAUGCUGUUGAAGAUGAGGCAGGUAAAAACCCGGCACCGGAGUGGAACCGGACUGGUCUUACAGGUAAACGUACAAGUCCAGGUACAAGUCCUCAAAUUGAAGAACUGGACCAAAGGAGGAGUUUAGUCCUGCAAUUCUUAAUAGGAAGAAACUGUAAUGAACAGGAUACUCCCUGUGUUAUUCAAUUUUCUCUUAUUCGGUUAGGUGUUGCACUAAUAAUAGCGGGUCUGGAUGCAAAAUUAGCAAUACUCCUCCAGAACAUUUGUGUGACAGUACCAGAUUAUCCUCCCGGUUCAUGUCCUUAUGUCGUGGAAGGAAGUAAUUUUGAUUGCGGCAAGAAUGGGAGAACUGACCAUCAAUUUUUAAAAUGGCGAUGGCAGUGGCUGUCUGCAGGGUGCGAUAGCAAUAUCCCAAGAAAUCUUAAUGCAACAGAUUUCUUAGAGAGGUUGAGAGGGAAAAAGGUAGCAUUUGCAGGGGAUUCUCUGAACCGGAAUAUGUUUUCAUCAUUAGCAUGUAUUUUUUGGAAUGUGGUUCCGGAUAAGAGUAAAGUUUAUUGGCUCCAGGGAGGAGCUUUGUCUGUGAGAUUUGAGGACUACAAUUGUACGGUAGGAUUUGUGCCGUCUCCUUUUCUGGUUUAUAAAACAAUACCCCAGAGCAAGUCAAAGCAAGAGCUGGUGACAAUGAGAUUGGACUUGAUUGAUCCACGCGCAUCAUUAUUCUAUCGCGAUGCUGAUGUUGUAGUGUUUAAUUCAUGGCACUGGUGGGCUAAAAAUAAAGUUCACAACGGUACAAACUAUUUUCAAGAAGGCGAUUACUUAUACCCGACACUGGAGAUAAAUAAAGCAUUUAAGAAAGCUCUUAGUACCCGGGGAAAAUGGAUAGACAACAACAUCGAUUCGAACAAAACCCAAGUUGUUUUUAGAGGACAUUCAAUCAGCCAUUUCGUUGGAGGUCCAUGGAACAAAGGUGGAAGAUGCGACGGAGUGACAGAACCACUCACGAGUAAAGAAACAUUCAAAGAGAAGAAUCCUUCGGGAGUAAAAUCAAUAGAAGACACACUACGUCAGAUGAAGACUCCUGUAAUAUAUCUAAACAUCACUAAAGAAGGAUGCCGAUUCCCAAUUAAUAGAAGCAAGGAGGCUUCACAUAGAAAUUUAGUUUGCGCUUUCGGAGUUUUGUUGGGGAAUCCCCUUUGGUUUUUUUGUUUUUGUUUUGUUGUUUCGGAGUUUUGGCCGUGCCCUCCUUCUUGUUUCGCCUUGGCGCUUCUACUCUUGUUCUUGUUUUUCAUUUUAUCAAUAAUUUUUUUAACCUUUUUCCCUUGGAAAAAAGUUCAGUAAAUCCGUGCUAAUGCACAAGCAAGGGGCAUCACACUAG